AUGGCAGCAUUGCCUCCGCCGCCCGGCUUUGAGGGCAGGCAGCAACCUCCACCACCUCCUCCACCGGGGUAUGCCCCUCCACCCCCGGGAGAGCCGUCCUCUGCUAAACUCAACGAGAAAGCACGAAAGUGGCAUCAGACUCAGAAGAACAAGUUUAGCGCAAAGCGUAAGCAUGGUUUUGUGGAGACUGAGAAGGCUGAGAUGCCACCGGAGCAUUUGAGGAAGAUUAUCAAGGAUCAUGGAGAUAUGAGCAGCAAUAAGUUCAGAAACGACAAGCGGGCGUAUUUGGGUGCGCUCAAGUUCAUGCCUCAUGCUGUCUUGAAAUUGCUGGAGAAUAUGCCUAUGCCUUGGGAGCAAGUCCGUGAGGUGCCGGUACUGUACCAUAUCACUGGUGCAAUUACAUUCGUGAAUGAAAUUCCGAGAGUAAUUGAGCCGGUGUUCACGGCGCAAUGGGGUACGAUGUGGAUCAUGAUGAGAAGAGAAAAGCGUGAUCGACGACACUUUAAGCGCAUGCGGUUCCCUCCAUUCGACGACGAAGAGCCUGUUCUUGAUUACGCAGAGAACGUGGAAGAGGUUGAGCCAUUAGAAGCGAUUACGAUGGAGCUUGAUGAGGAGGAAGACGGUCCGGUUUACGAAUGGUUCUACGAUCACAAGCCUUUGCUCGACACAGUUCACGUCAAUGGUCCGUCAUAUAAAAAAUGGCACCUUGAUCUACCGCAGAUGUCGACACUAUACCGCCUGGCAAAUCAGCUUUUGUCUGAUCUGACCGACAAGAACUACUUCUACCUGUUCGACACCAAGUCUUUCUUCACGGCGAAGGCACUCAACAUGGCUAUUCCAGGAGGACCGAAGUUCGAGCCGCUGUACAAGGAUGUGGACAUUGACGACGAAUGGACAGACUUUAAUGACAUUCACAAGAUCAUCAUUCGCCAGCCUAUCCGCACGGAAUACAAAGUCGCCUUCCCUUACCUCUACAACUCGCUUCCACGUUCAGUGCAUAUCGGACAAUACCACGAACCUAGCAACGUCUACAUCAAAGCCGAAGACCCCGACCUUCCAGCAUUCUACUUCGACCCCGUUAUCAACCCUAUCCCCUCUCGCUCUCUUGCGCCUGCUAAUGUUGAGAUAUCUCACGAGGACGAGAUUUUUGGUGAAGAUGAUGAGGACGAGUUUGAGUUGCCUGCGGAGUGUGGUGCGUUUUUGGAGGAUGUGGAGUUGUACACGCAGAAUACGGCAAACGCCAUCGCACUUUGGUGGGCACCGAACCCGUUUAGCCACCGUUCUGGACGAACGGUAAGAGCGCAGGAUGUCCCACUUGUUAAGCAAUGGUACCGUGAACACUGUCCGCCCAAUCAGCCUACUAAGGUCAGAGUUUCGUACCAGAAACUGCUCAAGAAUUUUGUCUUGAACGAACUGCAUUCGAAGCCGGCCAAACCAGUGAACAAAAAAUACUUGUUUAGGACUCUGGCUAGCACGAAGUUCUUCCAGAAGACGACGAUUGAUUGGGUUGAGGCCGGUUUGCAAGUGUGUCGACAAGGUUACAACAUGCUGAACCUGUUGAUUCACCGUAAGAACCUGAACUUCUUGCACCUGGACUACAAUAUGAAUCUGAAACCGACUAAGACGCUCACUACCAAGGAGCGUAAGAAGUCACGUUUCGGAAACGCAUUCCAUCUUAUGCGUGAGAUUUUGCGUCUGACGAAGCUGUUGGUAGACGCGCAGGUUCAGUAUCGUCUUGGGAACAUCGAUGCCUAUCAGCUGGCUGACGGUAUCCACUACUGUUUCAAUCAUAUUGGUCAGUUGACGGGUAUGUACCGUUACAAGUACCGUCUUAUGCGCCAGAUCCGUGCGUGUAAGGAUUUGAAGCACUUGAUUUACUACCGUUUCAACACUGGUCCUGUCGGUAAGGGUCCUGGGUGUGGUUUCUGGGCGCCCAGCUGGAGGGUGUGGUUGUUCUUUUUGCGUGGUAUUGUGCCGUUGUUGGAGCGUUGGUUGGGUAAUCUCCUGGCUCGUCAAUUCGAGGGACGUCAUUCUAAGGGUGUCGCGAAGACCAUCACGAAGCAGCGCGUAGAGUCUAACUUUGAUUUGGAGCUGAGAGCGGCUGUCAUGAACGAUAUCUUGGAUAUGAUGCCAGAGGGUGUGAAGGCCAACAAGGCUAAGACGAUCCUGCAGCAUCUGUCCGAGGCAUGGCGAUGCUGGAAGGCGAAUAUUCCAUGGAAGGUUCCCGGUCUGCCGGCACCUGUGGAGAAUGUCAUUCUGCGAUACGUGAAGGCUAAGUCUGACUGGUGGGUUGGUGCUGCUCACUACAACCGUGAGCGUAUCAGGCGCGGAGCCACGGUUGAUAAGACCAUUGCGAAGAAGAACUUGGGUAGACUUACCCGUCUUUGGUUGAAGGCGGAGCAAGAGAGGCAGCAUAACUACUUGAAGGAUGGUCCGUACGUGACUGCUGAGGAGGCUGUGGCUAUCUACACCACGACCGUGCACUGGCUUGAGUCGAGGAAGUUUGCGCCUAUUCCCUUCCCUCCUCUCAGCUAUAAGCAUGAUACGAAGCUACUCGUCCUUGCGCUGGAGAAGUUGAAGGAGGCGUACAGUGUGACCGGAAGACUGAACCAGAGCCAGAGAGAAGAGUUGGCGUUGAUCGAGCAGGCCUAUGACAACCCGCAUGAGUGUUUGUCGCGUAUCAAACGUUUCCUUCUUACUCAGCGUGCGUUCAAAGAAGUGGGUGUUGAGUUCAUGGACAUGUACUCGCACCUUAUCCCGGUAUACGACGUUGAGCCCAUGGAGAAGAUCACUGAUGCAUACCUGGAUCAGUACCUUUCGUACGAGGCUGAUAAGCGACACCUCUUCCCCGGAUGGAUUAAGCCAUCUGAUUCUGAGCCACCGCCGUUGCUUGUUUACAAAUGGUGCCAGGGCAUCAACAACCUGACAAACGUGUGGGAAACAGAGGAAGGCGAGGUCAAUGUCAUGCUGGAAACCUCAUUGAGCAAGGUUUACGAGAAGAUCGAUCUGACUUUGCUUAACCGCCUUCUCCGUUUGAUCUUGGAUCACAACAUUGCUGAUUACAUGACUGCAAAGAACAACAUUGUUCUUAACUACAAGGACAUGAACCACGUCAAUGCCUACGGUCUCAUCCGUGGUUUACAGUUCUCCGCUUUCAUCUUCCAGUACUACGGUUUGAUUCUCGAUCUCCUGGUGUUGGGUCUUGAGCGCGCAUCCGAGAUGGCUGGACCACCACAGAUGCCGAACGACUUCCUUCAAUUUCAGAACGUUGCGACGGAGACUAAGCACCCAGUCCGACUGUACUCGCGUAACAUUGAUAAGAUCCAUAUGUUCUUCCGCUUUUCUGCCGAUGAAGCUAGGGAUCUUACUCAGAGGUAUUUGACGGAACACCCUGACCCUAACGGUGAGAACAUUGUUUCAUUCAACAAUAAGAAGUGCUGGCCUCGCGACUGCCGUAUGCGUCUUUUCCGUGCUGAUGUUAACUUGGGUCGUGCGGUCUUCUGGUCUAUUAAGAACCGUUUGCCGCGUUCUUUGACGACUAUCGAAUGGCAGGACACCUUCACGAGUGUUUACUCCAAAGACAACCCGAACUUGCUAUUCUCCAUGGCAGGAUUUGAGGUUCGCAUCUUGCCCAAGAUCCGCAAUCUCAAGGAGGAGUUCAGUUUGAAGGACGGUGUUUGGAAUCUAGUCAACCAACAGACUAAGGAGCGUACUGCUCAGGCGUACCUCCGUGUCUCUGAUGAUGCCAUCCAGGUUUUCAACAACCGCAUUAGGCAGAUCCUGAUGUCCUCUGGAAGUACAACGUUCACUAAGAUCUGUAACAAGUGGAAUACCGCUUUGAUCUCUUUGUUGACGUAUUACCGUGAGGCUGUGAUCACUACCACCGAGUUGCUUGACUUGCUUGUACGUUGUGAGACCAAGAUUCAGACUCGUGUCAAGAUUGGGUUAAACUCCAAGAUGCCUUCGCGUUUCCCUCCUGCUGUCUUCUACUCGCCUAAGGAGCUCGGUGGUUUGGGUAUGUUGUCCAUGGGUCACAUUCUCAUUCCUCAGUCCGAUUUGCGAUGGAGCAAACAGACGGAUGCGGGAAUCAGUCACUUCCGCAGUGGUAUGAGCCAUGAGGAGGACCAGCACAUCCCUGCUCUGUACCGUUACGUCCAACCUUGGGAAGCUGAGUUCAUUGACUCUCAACGUGUCUGGGCCGAAUACGCCAUGAAGCGUCAAGAGGCCACCCAGCAGAACCGUAGGCUCACCCUUGAGGAUCUGGAGGAUUCUUGGGACCGCGGUAUUCCUCGUAUCAACACCCUUUUCCAGAAGGACCGUCACACCUUAGCAUACGACAAGGCUUGGCGUGUGCGUACGGAGUUCAAGCAGUACCAGCUGCUGAAGGCCAAUCCAUUCUGGUGGACUAACCAGCGUCACGAUGGUAAGCUUUGGCAGCUGAACAACUACCGUACCGAUGUUAUUCAAGCGCUCGGUGGUGUCGAGGGUAUUUUGGAGCACACUUUGUUCAAGGGUACUGGAUUCGCCACAUGGGAGGGUCUUUUCUGGGAGAAAGCCAGUGGAUUUGAAGAGAGUAUGAAGUACAAGAAGCUUACGAACGCGCAAAGAUCCGGUCUUAACCAGAUUCCUAACCGUCGUUUCACCUUGUGGUGGUCUCCUACGAUCAACCGUGCCAACGUUUAUGUCGGUUUCCAGGUUCAGCUCGACUUGACCGGUAUUUUCAUGCACGGUAAGAUUCCUACCUUGAAGAUUUCUCUCAUUCAGAUUUUCCGUGCACACUUGUGGCAGAAGAUUCACGAGUCUACUGUGCUCGAUUUGUGUCAGGUGCUUGAUGGAGAACUUGAGGCACUUCAGAUCGAGACCGUUCAGAAGGAGUCCAUUCACCCAAGGAAGUCAUACAAGAUGAACAGCUCUUGUGCUGAUAUCCUGUUGCUCGCUACUUAUAAGUGGAACAUGACCAGGCCUUCGCUGUUGAACGACAGUAAGGACCAGUUGGAUGGUACUACUGGUAACAAGUACUGGAUUGAUGUGCAGUUGAGGUAUGGAGACUUCGACUCUCAUGACAUUGAGCGUUACACACGUGCCAAGUUCCUUGACUACACCACCGACUCGCAGUCUAUCUACCCCUCGCCACACGGUGUCAUGGUUGGUAUCGAUCUUGCGUACAACUUGCACAGUGCUUACGGCAACUACUUCCCUGGUAUGAAGCCCUUGUUGCAGCAAGCUACGGCGAAGAUCAUGAAGGCGAACCCUGCUCUGUACGUUCUUCGUGAGCGUAUCAGGAAGGCUCUUCAGCUCUACUCUUCGGAACCCACUGAGCCGUAUUUGUCAUCUUCAAACUACGCGGAGUUGUUCAGCAACCAGAUUAUCUGGUUUGUUGAUGACACUAACGUUUACCGUGUUACCAUUCAUAAGACGUUCGAGGGUAACUUGACCACGAAGCCCAUCAACGGUGCCAUCUUCAUCUUCAACCCUCGAUCUGGACAGUUGUUCUUGAAGGUUAUUGUCAGUGCUGUUUGGGCAGGUCAGAAGCGUCUUGGACAGCUUGCAAAGUGGAAGACCGCCGAAGAAGUUGCGGCGUUGAUCCGUUCCUUGCCAAUCGAAGAACAGCCUAAGCAGAUCAUUGUCACUCGUAAAGGUAUGCUUGACCCUCUUGAGGUUCAUCUUCUUGAUUUCCCGAACAUUACCAUCAAAGGUUCCGAGCUUCAAUUGCCAUUCCAGGCGGCUAUGAAGGUCGAGAAGUUGGGCGAUAUGAUCUUGAAGGCGACUGAACCUGUCAUGGUUCUGUACAACAUCUAUGAUGACUGGCUCAAGACCAUCUCUUCGUACACCGCUUUCUCUAGGUUAAUCCUUAUCUUGCGUGCACUUCACGUCAAUAUGGACAAGACCAAGGUCAUUCUUCGUCCUGACAAGACCGUCAUCACGCAUGAGCAUCACAUGUGGCCAGACCUCGGCGACGAAGGAUGGAUCAAGGUGGAAGUCCAGCUUCGCGAUCUUAUCUUGGCUGACUACGGCAAGAAGAACAACGUUCAGGUCCAGAGUUUAACUAGUACUGAAGUACGUGAUAUCAUCCUUGGUAUGGAGAUCAGUGCACCUUCGCAACAGCGUCAGCAGAUUGCCGAGAUUGAGAAGCAACAGCAGGAGCAGUCUCAGCUCACCGCCCUUACGUCGAAGACGACCAACGUUCACGGUGAUGAGCUCGUUGUCACUACGACCUCAAACUAUGAACAGCAGACGUUCUCGAGUAAGACUGAUUGGCGUAUCCGUGCUAUCUCGACCACAAACUUGCAUCUCCGCACCAAGAACAUUUAUGUUCUUUCGGACGAUAUUAGGGAGGGUCAAUACACGUACAUUAUGCCGAAGAACUUGCUCAAGCGCUUCAUCCAGAUCUCGGAUCUGCGAACUCAAGUUGCCGGUUUCUUGUACGGUGCUUCGCCUCCGGACAACGACCAGAUCAAGGAAAUUAGGUGUAUCGUCAUGGUGCCGCAGUUGGGCAACAACCAAACGGUGAAGUUACCUCAUCAGCUUCCUGAGCACGACUUCUUGUUGAAGGAUCUCGAACCGCUGGGUUGGUUGCACACGCAGCCACAGGAGACGAACCACUUGUCUGCCAUUGAUGUUACGACUCACGCUCGUGUGAUGGCCGCUCACAAGGAAUGGCAUUCGAAGACGGUCACUAUGACUGUGUCGUUUACUCCAGGAUCCGUAUCCUUGUCUGCAUAUGCCCUUACACCACAGGCCUACGAAUGGGGUGCGAAAAAUCAGGAUCUUACCAGUGUGGAGCCCCAGGGUUAUGUCCCUACCAUGGCUGAUCGGGUCCAGUUGUUGCUCAGUGACAGGCUGGCUGGUUUCUUCUUGGUACCCGAGGACGAUGUGUGGAACUUUGGAUUGACGUUGGGUGCUUCUUGGAAUGCCAACGCGCCGUACGCUUUGAAGUUGGAUACUCCCAUGCCCUUCUAUGACCCUCGUCACCGUACGGGUCACUUUGCCAGCUUCAUUGGUAUGGAGGCGGAUGAUGAUUUGGGAGUCGAGAGGAGUGAUGUGUUUGCAUAA